AUGUCGACAUUACUCAUGUUCAAUUUUGUUUGGUUGUUUAUAUUUGCUAUUCUGAUAUUAUUUGCAUUUAUGGGUAAUAGUCUCAUUAUUUUAACAAUAUUGAAAGAUAAAUCGAUGCAUACAUCAACCUAUUAUUACAUUAUGAACGUUAAUAUAGCAGAUUUAAUUUUAAUAUUAACAUGUUUACCGGAACGAAUACAUGAUGCUCUACCACUUGCUGGAUUCCAUUUAGGAAAAGUAACAUGUUAUUUAUUACCAUUUCUUCAACAAGUGUCCAUGCAUGCAGCAUUAACAUCAUUAUUAAUACUCACCAUUCAACGAUGUUAUCCAGUUGGUGUACCAAAAUUUUUUCAAGGUGAUUUUAUUCGAAACCAAAUUCGCAAUUAUCAGAUAACAAUAUUCUUAACGUGGUUAUUCAAUGUAUUAGUGAAUAUUCCUCUAAUACCAAUCACAAAAUAUCGAAAAUAUGAUACUUUUGUUCCACCUAUGAAUUUGACAUUACCAAGUUGUGAUACAGAAGCCAAUCAAAUAUGGUCAAGAACAUAUCUAAUUCUAAUACUUGUGUUAACAUAUCUAAUAACGGGAAUAUUUCUUAUUAUUAUUUAUGGACAAGUUAUUCAAUUAAUGUUAGCAUCAAAAAAAUUUACAGAUAAUAAAAAUGCGUUAUCGUCAUGCGCUUUACAUCAAGCUGAACAACAUCUGCCUGGCUCAUCAUCAUCAACUAAUUCAAAUCAACGUGAUUCAACUAAAGGCUAUGUAUCAACAAUCAUAAAACAUCAUCGAACACGAAAGUAUACCUUAAUGUUGACAUCAACACAGCGAACAUCAUUAAUAUCCGCUAAUAAUUAUUCCAAUAGUCUUACGAGAUUACACACUCAACGUUUACAAGUAAUUAUUACGUUAUUCAUAGUUAUAGUUUUAUACAUUAUUCUAUUAUUACCUUAUCGUGUAUUUAAUUUAUUAUUUAUUUUACAUAAUCAAAUAUUUGACAAUGUCAAUGAGCUAGUAUUUCAACGAUUAAUUAAUGUUGUUCGAUUACUCGUAUUUCUCAAUUGUGCCUUACAACCAAUUACCUAUUUAGUGAUAUCAAGUCGUUUGAGACAAUCGGUCAUAAAACUAUUAAAACUAUAUUUCAAAUGUAAAUGCACAGAUCAUAAUCACAAUAAGGAUAGUGUUGUAGACGUUUGUGUACAACAAUAUCAACUGCAACCCGAUAGACGAAAGCGAUUUUAUUGUGAUCGUUAUACCAUACCAAGAACCUUUACACAGCAACAACAACGUCUAAGAACAACUUCUUCACAAAAGAAAAUGCGAACUAAAUGA